GGAGACGCCCUCGUGUCAUUAGCCAAACGCACGUUCACUAAAUUGAGAGCUUAAUUAGCUGGAUGACAAACCCUCAUAAAUAUGAACUUUUAGCCAACGGCUGAACUUUUACAUUUUCUCAUAGGCUACCGGCAGCAUGGCGUUUUCUCUGACAGACGACCCCCGCGGCGCCGCCACCGACCGCUGGGACCCCGAGUCUCCGGCGCUGUCCACCUGCAGCAACGCGGACAUCUUCCGCCGCAUGAACACCAUGCUGGGCAACGCGCUGGACUUCACCGGCGUGUGCACCGCACACAGCGGCAGCAGCAAGGGGAAACGAGAGCUGCUCUGUGACCGGAAAGAAUCGGAGCUGGCUGCGGCGGGCAGCAGGAUGCUCUUCCCCAGCUGUGCAGGCGGUGCCGGCGGUGCGGGCGGCAUGUCUCUCUCCCAGGAGAUGCCGUCGUCCAGGGGCCUGCCGGAUGUCACAGACCUGGGCCUGGGCCUCCAGUCCCUCAGCCUGUCAGGCUGGGAGCGCCCGUGGAGCAGCCAGGAAACUGACACACACACCACCACCUCCCACGUUCAGACCAACUCGCCCUCCAUGCUGGGCAUGCUGAACAGCCCGUUGGGGAACAUCCUGGGCAAACCCCCAGGCUACCUGCCCGCUGAGCCCAUGGCCGCAGCUGCUGACUUCCUGGAGAAGUUCCCCGGCAUGGCUCGCAUGGCAGGCCGGCUGGACUCGCGCUCCUUCCUGGACUCGCGCUCCAGCAGCCCUGUGGACUCCGAGACCAGCGGCUUCAGCUCCGGCUCCGACCACCUCUGCGACUUGCUGUCCUCCCUGCGGAUUUCCCCUCCCCUGCCUUACGUCAUGCCAAACAUGCAGAAGGAGCCGCUGCGUCUGGCCUCUCGCCACCACCAGGACAGCGGCUGCCCUCUGACCCCGCCGCCCAGCGCCACGCCUGCCUCCGCUAUGUCCCGCCGCUGGCCUGGUGGCUCUCUGUGGCCCGGGCUGGACAUGCUCGACCAGUCGGAUAACGCCUUCAGCAUCGAGAGGGAGGCCCGCCUGCACAGACAGGCUGCAGCUGUGAAUGAGGCUAAAUUCACCUGGAGUGGCCAGCUGCCUCCCAGAAACAACAAGAAUCCGAUGUAUUCCUGCAAGGUUUUCCUUGGUGGAGUGCCCUGGGACAUCACUGAAGCUGGCCUGAUGAGCACGUUCAGUGGCUACGGCCCGCUGACUGUGGAGUGGCCGGGUAAGGAUGGCAAGCACCCUCGCUGCCCUCCGAAAGGUAAUAUGCCCAAAGGUUAUGUUUACCUGGUGUUUGAGCAUGAGAAGUCUGUGAGGGGACUGCUCCACGCCUGCACCCAAGACCUGAUGCACCCCGAGGACAACAGGGAGUACUACUUCAAGCUGUCCAGCCGCAGGAUGAGAUGCAAGGAUGUGCAGGUGAUUCCCUGGGUGAUCUCUGACAGCAACUACGUGCGCUGUCCUUCCCAGCGUUUGGACCCCAGCAAGACCGUGUUUGUCGGCGCGCUGCAUGGCAUGCUGAACGCCGAGGCCCUGGCCAACAUCAUGAACGACCUCUUCGGCGGCGUCAUGUAUGCUGGCAUCGACACGGACAAGUACAAAUACCCCAUAGGCUCUGGACGUGUCACCUUCAACAAUCACCGCAGUUACCUGAAGGCUGUGUGUGCAGCAUUCGUGGAGAUCAAAACCCCCAAGUUUACAAAGAAGGUCCAGAUUGACCCCUACCUGGAAGACUCGAUGUGCCAAGUGUGCGGUCGCCAAGCCGGGCCGUACUUCUGCAGAGAGCAGGCCUGCUUCAAGUACUACUGCUGCUCCUGCUGGCACUGGCAGCACUCCAUGGACAUCCUGAGCAGCCACCGGCCCCUGAUGCGCAACCAGAAGAACGGGGAUUCAAGCUAGAGCAGACGGGUCCAAAUAUGCGGCGAAGGGCCAGAGUAAGAGCCCCACGCUGAGGGGGCGAGGCUGCCCGCCAAGCAGAGCACGAGUGCCAGACGUCCUUCACGGCGUGAGGGCGCGGUGGCACUCCACCAGGCACUGGGGGAAAUCACUGUAGAAAAUGUUCACUAUUGCACUUGCUACAUUUUUGCUGUUUACUUGUUCACAGUGGCACUAUGCACAGUGACCUUGUUGGGAAAGACAAGGGGCCCCUCACUCUUAUGCAGUUUCCCAGACUUGUGGCCAGACAGAAUGAUGGGAGUCAGCCCAAGGUUAAGACGUGGAUGAAUAUGCCUUUUUUUUUUUCCCCCUUUUUUCUUCUUUUUUAGUUUUGGUUUACAUGUGUUGCAUAUUGAAGAGCAAUCACGCGAGUCUCAUUGCCGUUCAUUGGCAAAUGCCAUACAGUGCCUUUAAAUUGUUUUUCCCCCCCUCCCUCUCCCCCCAGUUGGCAACUGUUUUUUCCUGUGCAAGCCAACUGGUGUUUUUUACUUUGUGAGAAGAUAGUUGGGCUUCAUUUAACCAGUCGCAUUUCAGACAUUUUUACGCAGUUUUUUACUAAUUUGUAACACAAACAGUUUUAAGUCAUGACAUGGAAAUUUUGAACAGAAUUCUACCAGGCAGCUUUUAAUUUUUUUUUUCUCCUGUUUACUUUUUUCUCCUCCCAUGCAUUUUUCUGUGGCUGUAGGGCUGUUUUUUUUUUUUUUUUCUUUGCCUUCCCAAGUUCAACUGAAUGGGCACAAAUUGAAGUAAUACUUUGCUUGCCUAGUAAGUCCGGUUUUAUUAAGUGUAACAUCACUGGACAUUGCUUCGACUGGGUUUCCAUCGUUUUUCAAUCAACUUUGAUGGAUCUUACUGAGACUAGAAGGAACGUUGUUUUGAUUGUACAUAGUUUUGAUCGUUGCACUUUUUAAUUUGCACUUGAGGAGGGGUGGCAGUGGUUUUUAAUCACUUUUUGUACAUCAGCAGGACGACAGGUAUUGUUUAGGGCAAAAUGCCUUCAUUCUAACAGCUGCUUGUUUCCUGUUGAAUGUAAGAACUUCCACUUUACUGAUAAAGAAAAUCUAUCCAGAGCUUGAGUAGACCCUAGUAAACGAUUCCCUCGCUUUCUUACCCCUUUAGCCUUCUUGUUCCAGUUGGACAUAAAUGCAUAAUAAGCUGUGUGCCAAAGACAAAAGUGUCUUUCCUUUAUCCAUUAAGUUUGUCAUGCUGAGGUUGUCGUCCUUUAGCCCAGCUGCUUUUUAGAGUUUUGAAAGUCUACCUCAUUGUGGUCUGCCAAGUUUGCUGCUACUUACAGAUGUGGAGUAUGUUCAGAUUGGGCACAAUAAAGGUGUUUAAGCAUUA